AUGCAUAGAUUUACAACUAAUAAGAUAUCUAAUAAUGCUUUAGAAAUCCAAUUAAACAAAAGUAGUGAUCAAUUAGAGGAAUCUGAAGCUGAACAAGACAUGAUUGAACCCAAUUUUAAAAAUGUGAAAAAUUCAAAUAAAGUUCAUACUAAAGG